CCCGUCUUCCACCAGCGCGCAGACGAUGCAAAUCAUGACGAGAUGACUUCCCGCGACCGUUCUUGAUGAAAGCUACAGCUCCUAAUUUGAUGAUCCUGACGACUCUUCUUUUCUCAACGCUAAUGAAUUCUCUGCUGUCUCGCUCCUAAUAAUAUAACUAUUUGCUUUUUGGUCCUGUAUCAUAGCUUCGUGCCCACUUCGCUCUCUCUACUUCUACUUGGCGCUUCUUCUGAUUCUAAAGCCUAUUUGUUUCCUCCUUUUUAAUUACGUUUUCGCACAAUGGCUUCUCUAAUCCCCCUGACCGAAAUUCCAACCAUUUCACUCCUCUACCGCCUCAAGCACCUUGUCCCCGCAGCCUCCCCGCGCGUCUCGACUCCUUCCCAAAUCCUCAAUGAUACCAUCUGCCACAUCACCAGUGACAUCACAAAGCUCGAGGUUGACUGCAUCGUGAAUGCGGCCAACAGGUCUCUGCUUGGUGGGGGUGGGGUCGAUGGAGCUAUUCACCGCGCAGCCGGCCCUGGCCUCCUCCGGGAAUGUCGCACCUUGGGAGGCUGCCAGACCGGUGACUGCAAAAUCACCGGUGCGUAUGGCCUUCCCUGUAAGAAGGUCAUCCACACCGUUGGACCUGUCUACUGGACAGAGGUAGAAGUCAACGAGGAUCAGCCGGAAAAGCUGCUGCGAGAUUGCUAUCGACGAAGCCUGGGAAUUGCGGCCGAAAAUGGCAUGAAGACCAUUGCGUUUUCGUCCGUUAGCACAGGUAUUUAUGGAUACCCGAGCGCAGAAGCUGCAGAUAUAGCGAUCCGGACCGUCAAGGAGUUUUUGGAAGCUUGCCCGCAGGCUCUGGACAGGGUGGUCUUCUGUACCUUUGAGAAAAAAGACGAGAGAGCAUAUCAAUUGUUGAUUCCUCAAUACUUUCCUCCUACCCAGUCCGAUAUCCCGCAGCCCCCAGCCAAGGAGGAGACCCCCACCGCCGAAGAAAACGCUCCUCCAUCGCCGGGCCUCGCAGCGAAAUUACCCGACGCGCCAACCUCAGACCCCGUUAAUCCACGGGAACCCGACAUUAAGAAACCAAAACUGGAGCCAGAUCUAGAUCGAGAGGAGGAUAAAAGUGAAGAUGACUGGGAGAAAGUUGAUCAAUGCGAGGGCAUUGCGUCCAUAGAGAAACUCGACGAUGAUCCGGUUGAGGUGGACAAAGCCCCAACUGCAGCUGAUGUUCAGAGUGUGGUCUCUAGUGUUGCAGAUUUGGAGUCAUCGACGGAAAUGAAGCAAAAAUAGCGUCCAAUUUCUUGUUUAUAUAGCCUUCGAAACUCCGAACAAAAAUUCUGGAAGCGAGCCCUUUGUAUGCACCACACAGGUGAGCCCGAACGAUAGCCACAUUGAAACCAUAUAUUGAGGCUGUAGCCAUUGUGAAUUAGGAGUAAUUGAGUAUAGUUAAUCUAU